GCCCAGGAAGGAUAAGUAUCACACUGCUUGUCUUUUCUUUGCUAUAGAUUUGUGAGUUUUAGUUGCCUUCACUGGGCAUUAUUUAACAGCCUUAUCUCUUUUGCUGUGUGCUUUGAUUGUGGUGCAGACUGUCCCCCAUACCCUCCAACAUUUUACACUGAAAAAUCGGUACAAAUCCGAAAAGGGGGCGUGGCCGCGGGUAAAGGGGGCGUGGCCACGCCCAUUUUCCUAUACUUUCAAUGGAAGUUUGGAGAGCCAAAAAUCGGUACAGACCAUUAAAAAAAGGUACUGUACCUAUUAAAAAGGUACAGUUGGAGGGUAUGCUGUCCCCACCCCCUCCUGUCAUGCCUCGUCGCUCUGCUCCCCCCCCCAGGCGCUUCGUGGAGGCAGGGAGUGCCCUCCGCUCCCGCUCUCCGAGCGUCGCUCCCCAGAGUGGGCUUUCCCCUGCUGCGGACAGGCGGCGGGGGCGGGCAGUUACAGCCCGCUCCCCUGCCGCACGGAGACGGGCGGCCAGCGGCCGCUCGUCACGUGGUUGCGGGGCGCGCGGCUCGGCCGAGCCGCGCACCCCGGCGCUUGCAGCAGAACGGGCCUCUCCCCGCCCUCCGGCUCCGGGCUAUUCCAGUCCCCCUCCGUCCCCCACCAGCAGCCGCAUGUCACAGGGCGCGGGUGCGCGCGACCCGGCUGGGCCGCGUGACCCGGCGCUUCCGGCGGCAAGUUCGUUCCCUCACCCUCAGCCUGGCACCGCGGACGACUCCCUUCCUCCACCCUCGCUAGUGGCUCCCGGCGGCGUCCUGGUGGCACAGGACCGCCGCAGCAGAGCUGCGGGGGGGGAGGUGGGGUUUAAUGUGCAGAGUGAUAUGAGCCCAGGGCAGCGGGUAGCGCCGCCCGCUGUCCCUGGGACAGUUCAGGACAGCACACGGCCAAAUUACAUCAGGGAGUCCAGCGCACCCCUGAUGAUCGGUGGUGACGCGGGGCCCCUGGUGUCCGGGACGGGGGACGUGGCGCCGGCUGCCGCCACGCCCGCCCCGGCUGCAUCAGCAUGGCAGGUUUUCCCCCCGGCAUCAGGGCCCUGCUUGGGCGCCCCCUGGGCAUCGGCUGCCCCGCCGCCAUGGGCGGCGCCCUCGCUUACAGGGUAUCAGUCUCCCCACGCCCUCCACGGUCCUUUGCAAUGCGGGUCCACGCAGGCGUCCGUAUCGACGGCUUAUUUUACGCACGGCGGGGCGCUCGCGGUAACAGCUCAGCAAGGCUACGCGGGGAGCCAGUCCUUCCCCGGUGGGUUUGCGUGGCCUCCGGCCCCAGCAUUCCCUUUUGCCGCCAGUAUGCCUUCCAUGGGUUUCAUGACCACGGCCGACACACAGUUUUCCCCGCGUGGGGCCAGCGCGUGCGCCGGCGGGCAGUCCACGUGGUCGGUCGGGGGACCCCGAGUCGCGGUGCCCAUGCCGGCCUUUGCGGGCCUGCAGUCAGGACAGGCACCGGGCGGGGGGUAUCAGGUGGCACAAGGUUGGCCCCCUCUCCCGGCGCCCCCUCAGUUCCUUCCGGCAUCAUACGGAGGGGCAGGAGCAGGCGUCUGCCUGCCGCAUGCGGCUUGGCGACCAUCUUACCCCGCGAAUUUUGGCGCAACAAGCGGGUCGGCCUUUACGCAGUCGAUCGGGUACACCUCGGCGGGGGCCCCCUCCCUACAGUUGCCGGGCGGCCAUCCGCCGCAGAGCGGAGGGGCGGUCCCUCCGCCGCCGCAAUUGCGGGCAAGUGUUAAUAAUGUUCUGGUUCCCCCUGUGCCUGUGGUCCCCUCUUUUUCUCCCUCACAGGUCCCGCCUAGCUCGGGGGCUACAACCGGCAUGAGGCGAAGAUCACGGACAAGCGGGACGGCGAACGUGGAGGUACGGCCAUCAGCGGAGGCGGGUGCAGCGGACGAAGAGGUUCCGGGUCCUUCGAACUCCGGUCAUGCUAUGAAUUGCUACACAUGUGGAUAUGGUACCUGUCUUAUUCCCUCCACAACAUCCUGUGGAUUAUUGGAAGUAUGCCUGACACAGACAAUAACUGUAGCAUCAUUGCCGGUAAAGAAGAAGUCGUGUUCAGCCGUGACAAAUUGCAUUGCGUCAACUCAAACCACAUAUCUCGGCGCGACCGUGACAGAAUCUCCUUCCUGCUGUUUUACUGACCUCUGCAAUUCAGCUGCCAUGCCCUCCGUGUCUAUUGUAACCAGCAUUGCUGUCCUGCUUUCAUGGUGGGUGGCCAGACUCUUCUGACCCUAAACAACAUUUGAAUUAUUUUCUCUGCUUGACCACAUUUCAUAAAAUGACAUUGCCUA